ACGGUGUUGAAACAACGGUGCAUAUUACGUGCUGGUAUUGUUAGUGCCUCGUUCAGUUCAUUGCGCUACGAAAAUGCAAUCGAAAUGAAAAUUCAAAAGGAGAACUGAAUGUGAAGAAUCUAUCAAAUGUGUUGUUGGUGGUUUGUUAUUCCACUGAAUCGAAAUUAAAUCAUCAAUCAAUCUUUUUCGGAACAUUUUGCCUUAUUUUUCUCCAUUUUUUUCGGCUUACUGUGCCGAUAUAGUUUUUAAUUGAAUUUUGAAUAUAUUUUUUGUACCAACAAUUGCGGUGGUGUGUAGCGUUCGUUUUUUAUAUACAGAAUAGAUUUUCCCUUUUUUGUGUGUUGCAAAAAAAAAACAGAUUUCUGCUGUGAAACAUGAUAGUGGAAGUUUUUGAAUGGAUUAAAUAUUAUUCAUGUGCCGGAUCAAGGAUUCAUGAUAUAAUAAAUUUCCGCCACCUUGAUUAAUACCAAAAGUUUAUUUGAUCGAAAAACUAUGUAAUUUAAUUCAACUUAAAUUUUGCUGAAAAUUCUGAAAACUCCUGUGAUUUUUUGAUGUGUUAAUGUGCUAUUCCGUGCGAACAAGAAAAAAAUGCGAUAGAAUCUUGGGAGCAAAUAUUUAAUAUUUAAAUCGUUGAAUUGUGUGAGUUCAAAGAAAAACUACCCAGAAAACAUAACAAUCAGUUAGUUUAGUGCCAUUGCCGGAGUAAUAUUGCAUAAUUUUUAAAUUCGUCGUAAAAUUUUAAGUAAAAUUAUGCACGAAAAUGUGAAAAUGUUGUGUUGUUUAGUGUCUCAUAAACAUUUUGCCCGGAUCAAUAAUCGGCAUCAAUAUUUUUGUGUAAACACAGUGAAUGUUUGAAGUGUUUUUUGAAUCAGGCAAAAAAUUGUGUUAAACUCAACGAAAAAGAAAACAGUAUCAUAUCAAAGGAAUAUACACAUAAUACAUUCAUAAUGGAUGUAGAUAAAAGAAAAUUUGGAAUUUGUAUCGUUCGGCAGUGCUUGUUAGUCGUUUUGAUCUCGUCAUUCGUCGCUAGCGUAAAAUUUGGCUUAAUUUCACCGAUAGAAGUAGUCGAAGAAUGGGGAUGCCAGGAUACGGAAUUUCGUUUGACAUGCAGCAAUUUUGAUUCAAAAAUCGCCAUACUUGAAGCCACAUUCAAACCGAAUUGUUCAUUGAAAGCACGAAACUCAUCAUAUGCUGGAGAUAACGACACCGAAAAUUGCGUUCAAUUUGAUUUUAGAAGACUAACGCCAAAGCCGAUUCCACGGCUCGAUGAAACAAUUGCUGCUGGCAAUCGAUUUCUAGAAGCAUUACGUCAAGCUUACAAUAAAGAUAACGAAACAGCCGAUCCAACGGUGAAGCCGAUAAAAGUGGCAUCAUUCGAUUUUGGUUUAACGCCAAAAGAUGAUGCCAACGAUUUAAAACGCAAACGAAUGACUCUGAGAGUCUCAUUGGAAUCGCUACUUGUUGAAUAUUUACGUGGUUUGGCGCCCGAUAACAACAACGGUUUGACUGAUGAUUCACGCGGUGGACGUGUUAAACGCAGCAAUAGUGCCGAAAUGUCAUUGCAAACAAAUGAUCAAAAUGAAAACAGCGAAAACAGUGACGCGAAAAAUGUGAACAAUUCGAAUGUGCGUAAAGAAAAUCUUGUAAUUCGAAAUAAUGACAGUGAAAAUGCAUAUGACAAUGAUGAAACGGACGACCGACGCAAUCGUAGAACGAAUGCAUCAAGAAGUUUUUGUCCCGAACAUAACAAACGUGUCACACAACUUGAUCGCAACGAACUGGCAACCGCCAUUGAAAACAUUUCCGAACUCGAACACAACAUUCGCAGUCUACUAAAUCACAGAUGUUCCGGCAAAAACCACUGUAGUUUUGUGUUCAGUGAAGAUCAUCCAUUUUCGGUGCUGUGGCCCUAUGGAAUCGUUCAUAUUAAAUAUAUUUGCAUGGAGAGCUAUCGCUUGAAUAAAUUUUGCGGUGAACACUUAGUGGUGGUGAAUGAAUCCCCAGAGCCGGAACCAGAGAUAGGUGAUUCACCCGAGCCACGCUCUUUGCCGAAUGAAAAUGAAAUCGAACGAAUUCCGAGCGGUUUGCAAGAGGAGAACGGGGUAGAACGUGAAGGACCCAUCGCUGAAGCUCUGAUUCAAAAUGAACAAAUGUUUCAUCAUUUGAAAAUACUAAAACCAUCACCAUCCGAAAUGGAAAAUCAACGACGAAAAUCGACAGCAGAAGCUCAACAAAUCGAUAAACCACGAAAGGGAGUCUAUUCACAGGAUUUUCGUGUGAUGAAGGUGUUGCCAUCAAAUUUGGACGAUUUUAACGAUAUCGAAAAAAUUGCCGACGAAUUUUAUUUUAAAAAAGAUGAAGAGGAUAUUGUGCGUACCGAUGUAGACCGUGAGAAUGCGAUGAACAUAAAAACCACGGUUGUUGAUUCAACAGAGCCCUCAAUUUAUACGAGUCAUAUGAAUACCAUUGAACAUGCAGAUAACACAAAAAAUGUCAUCGAAAAUUCGUUCGAUAGCAGUAAUAAUGGGUUACGUGACGUUCGAUCAACACAGGGUUACGAUGAACUGCACAAUCACAAGUACCUCUCAUCCAUUUCAGUACCAACUUCAGAUACCACCGCCACGCACACACAACAACAUACCACCAAUGUUAAUUUAUGGAAUAAUGAAUUACUACCACCGAAUACAAAUAUUUUCGAAACAUUGCCAAUCGAUGGUGGCAAUGACAUUUUUAUCACAAAUGAAAACCAAACGACCGUUGAAUCGAACGCAAAAAUUCGCAUCGAAAACGAUUUUACGGCGAUAAAUACACAUCGAGCAGACAUUAGCAAAGAAUGGGACGAUGAUGAAGAAUACGAUGAGAGAAGCGACGAGGAUUUAGAGAUUAAGGUCGAUGGACCAAGAGUCUGGCGUAAAAAUAAAAUUCGACAACAUACAAGCUAUCAGAAAACGGCCAUUCGACAACCAUUUUUGCAACAGGGUUUCAUUCAAUCACCCGGAUACCCGAUGUUUUAUAUCGGCAAUUCGAACUGUAGUUGGCGCAUCACCGUUCCCAGUGGACAACGCAUUCGACUCAUUUUACUCGAUGUCGAUUUGAGAUAUGAUCCAGUUUGCAAAGACUAUCUUCAAAUUGUCGAUGUUGAUAACAAAAUGUUGUUAUACAGAAAUUGCACCGAGGUGGUUAAACCAAUGGAGAUAUUGAGUGAAUCGAGCGAAGUGCAGAUUGCAAUUCGAACGACAUCAACAUUGGCCUAUCCGAAGCGUGGCAUAUUAAUUUAUUAUACAGCACAUGGAUGUCUGAUUCCAACGGCACCAAACAACGGUCAAUUAGUAUCGAAAACAGACGAUACGGUCACCUUUCUAUGCGAACCAUCAUAUGUAUUUCCCGAUACUCUACAAAUCAGUCGUACAUUAUACUGCACCGAUCGAAAUACAUGGCACGAUAGCUUACCAAAUUGUCUUGAGCAUACAUCGAUCAAAACAAAGAAGGAAGAUCCAUUUGUGACUCAACUGUGGAAACAAAAUCGAUCAGGAACGAAAGUCGAUCAGGCCGACGCAAUCUACGAUAUUUUAAUUCCAUUGUUGAUAAUGACCGGUCUUUUUGUCGUCAAUGGAUUUAUAUUAUUGGCCAUAUGGCGAUAUAGAAAGAAGAGGAAAAAUGAACAAGAAGAAGAAGGCCUCGCUCAACUGUAAACGCUGUUUUGAUGAAUGUUAUUAAUUUGCUAAUAUGUAGUCUGUAUAUAUGAAAUGGUGAUAUAAAUGAUUGUAUCAUUACGACAUGCACUUAAGAAAUCUGCUUUCUUUUAACAAUAAAUAUCAAUUGUUUGAGCAAGAACCACAAA